CAGCAGUGCUUGGGAACCAAAACGAAGUUUAAGGUCUUCUUUUUCUCUACGCUCUUCGCUUCUUGGAUUCGGAGAAGGGAAGGAUCGCCGUGAGCGAAGCGUCGGGAUGAGAGGGGGCAGACGGCCGAUCUACGCGGUGGCGGCAUGGGUGAGGCGGCAGUCGUCAAAGGUGAAGGCGUUCCUGGGCGUGGUGGCGGGCAUGGCAGCCCUCGUAUUCCUCCGAUUCAUCGUCCACGACCACGACAACCUCUUCGUUGCGGCUGAGGCUGUUCACGCCAUUGGAAUCUCCGUCCUCAUCUACAAGCUUACCAAGGAGAGGACCUGUGCCGGCCUUUCGUUGAAGUCCCAGGACUUAACAGCUUUGUUUUUAGCUGUCAGAAUGUAUUGCAGCUUUGUUAUGGAAUAUGAUAUACACACUGUGCUAGAUACUGCCACACUUGCUACUACCCUUUGGGUCAUUUACAUGAUUAGAUUUAAACUGAAGUCAAGUUACAUGGAGGAUAAGGACAACUUUGCUAUAUAUUAUGUGGUGGUGCCUUGUGCUUUGUUAGCCCUUGCAGUUCAUCCUUCAACCUCACAUAAUAUCUUCAAUAGGAUUUGUUGGGCCUUUUGUGUUUAUUUGGAAGCUGUUUCAGUGUUGCCACAGCUACGUUUGAUGCAAAACACAAAGAUUGUAGAACCAUUCACAGCUCACUAUGUUUUUGCUCUUGGGGUUGCAAGAUUUCUGAGUUGUGCUCACUGGGUCCUUCAGGUCCUAGAUACUCAAGGACGCUUGUUGACAGCUUUGGGCUAUGGUUUGUGGCCAUCAAUGGUUCUCCUUGCUGAAAUUGUGCAAACUUUCAUCCUAGCUGAUUUUUGUUACUAUUAUGUGAAGAGUCUUGUUGGUGGUCAACUUGUGCUACGGCUUCCUUCUGGCGUAGUGUGAUCCUCUGCACAUAUCAGUUUGAAUUAACACACGACGAAUCUAUCGUCUUCUCAAUACUUCAAUGCCUCUUCUCUCAUGAGAGGCCUGCUUUGUGGCAUCCUAAGUUAUGAAGUAGUCAUUUUCAUGCGUAGCAAGAUUUUCUUUCUUUAAAGUGGUUAGAGAUGGAUUGUUAAUGUGAGCGCCUAUGGGAUACAUAAUGGUGGAUCUUGGGUUGGACUUUCCUUUUUUAAACAUCCGAUUGUUAGAUUGUUAGCUAGCUUUUUCCUGUUGUACUAUGCCGUUGGUCUGAAAAGAAACAUUGCGAAGCAUUGCGCA